AUGGGUAAAUCAGUCAAUGUCGCUAUUAUUGGAUCCGGUGUGGUAGGAUCAGCUUACAUCAAUCAAUUGAACAACUUAAAAACAAGCAUUGCUUUCAAUGUUGUUUACUUGGCCAGAUCUUCAAAGGAAGCACUCUACAACGACGACUACAAGCCAAUUGACUUGUCUGCUUACAAAACAGCAUCAGCCAAACCUGUUUUAAGCUUGGAUAAAUUGGUUACAUAUUUGAAGGAUGCACACAAGCCAACAAUCUUGGUGGACAACACUUCCAACGAAGCAGUUGCUAGUAGUUAUCCAACAUUCAUCAAGGAAGGAAUUUCAAUUGCGACUCCAAACAAAAAGGCAUUCUCGUCCGCUUUGAAAAUUUGGAAUGACAUUUUCUCCAACGCUGAGCAAGAAGGAGCUGGCUUAGUUUACCAUGAAUCAACUGUGGGUGCCGGUUUGCCAAUCAUUGGUCCAUUGAAAGACAUUGUGCUCACUGGUGAUAAAGUGGAAACUAUUGAGGGUAUAUUCUCCGGUACUUUGUCCUACAUUUUCAAUGAAUUUUCAAAGCCUGAGAAAUCUGAUGUCCAAUUCUCUGACAUUGUCACUAAAGCCAAGAGUUUGGGAUACACAGAACCAGAUCCAAGAGAUGAUUUGAACGGAUUGGAUGUUGCUAGAAAAGUUACCAUUCUAGCCCGUAUAGCUGGAUUUGAUGUUGAAAGUCCAACCAGCUUCCCCGUUGAGAGCUUAAUCCCUAAACAAUUGGAAAGUGUCACAAGCGCUGAUGAAUUUUUAGAGAAAUUGCCACAAUAUGAUGCAGAGAUUCAAAAGGUUAAGGAUGAAGCAUUUGCUGAUGGUAAAGUAUUGAGAUUUGUUGGUAAAGUUGACUUCAAGAAUGAUAAAGUUUCUGUGGAAAUUGGAAAGUAUCCAUUUGACCACCCAUUUGCGUCAUUGAAGGGAAGUGACAAUGUCGUUGCCAUCAAAACAAACAGAUAUCCUAACCCUCUUAUUAUUCAAGGUGCUGGUGCAGGUGCAGAAGUCACUGCCCACGGUGUAUUGGCUGACACGAUUAAAAUUGCUGAAAGAAUUGCCAAUUAA